GGCGGCGCCGUGGGCGGGGCGCCGCACGCGGCCCGGGCCGCGGACGGGCGAGGCGGCGACAGCGAGGGCAACGAGGUCGCGGCCGCCAUCGUGGCGCGCAUCCGGCGGGCCCGAGACGCACUGGAGCUCACCGGGGAGAUCACGCCCUUCGGCUCGCACGUGAACGGCCUCCGGACUGCCACCUCCGACUGCGACCUGGCCUACUCUCUGGAGGAGGGGGGUGCGAAGCCCAUCGUGGUGCUCCAGCGCUUCGCGAGCGAGCUCCCGAAGCACGGCUUCACCGGAAUCAUCACGGUGUUCCAGGCCUCCGUGCCCCUGGUCAAGGCGAUCGACGAGAGCGGCGUGGAGGUCGACCUCUGCAUCGGGAACCAGCUGGGGAUCCGGAACAGCAAGCUGGUCGGGGCUUACUGCGGCCUCGACCCGCGAGUAGCAGAGGUUGGCCGCUCCGUGAAGCAGUGGGCCAAGUCGAUGGAGCUAGUCGGGAGCAGCGAUGGCCACCUGAACUCCUACGCGUUCACUCUGAUGACGCUCUUCUACCUGAUGAAGAGGCGACCUCCGGUGCUUCCGAACCUCCAGGAGCCGGAGCCGAAGUGGGCGCUGAAGCGCGGCGCCGACGAGCAAGGCAGUCAGGAGCGGAAGAAGCUGCCGACGCAGAUCGGCGGCAGCGGCACCAAGCAGCAGCUCCUAGAGCGCAUGAUAAAAGUGCUCGCCGCGCUGGCUCUCACGCAGGAGGCCGAGCUUCGAGAGCAGAUCGCGGCGGUCUACCACACCUUCCUCAUCCCCGCCGCCUCGCCCAUUGCGUCCGCGAUGAAGCGGGCGGGCCAGGAAUACCACGCCCACGCCAAGCAGCUGAAGGCGAACGGCGGGCAGGACGGAGGAUGCGGGGGCCACGACAUCCUUGGUCCGCCGUUUCUUCACGUGUUCAAGGCGCUGGUCAAGGCAGCACACGAGACGGCGGACCUCAAUCAGACGCACUGCGAGACGAUCGAGGCUUUCUGGACGAACCAGGUGCUGAAGGAGGAUUUGCACUCGCUGGCGGAGCAGAUCCGCCUCGGGAGGAUCAAGGCGGCGGUGUGCUCGGCCAUCAAGACGGGGAACGGGGUGAAGAAGAUCGGCCCACCGCCGAGGGGCCCGCUGGCGAGGGAUGCCUCGAAGUUGCUUGAGGAGCUGAACAACCUCAGCUGCGACGCGUGGUCGUUUAAGGCCCCCGGGAGAUUCGGAGAAAGGGAAGGGACGGGGUACGGCGGGGAGUGGGCGGGGGUGGAGGGCAGUAAGGCGCGCGGCUUGUGCCGUCAGGCCCACGCGUGGGCCAUCCACGCGCCGUGGCGCCUGCAGGCCAGCGCGAUGCAGCAGCGCGUCAACAUGAACGGGUGCCACCUGGACGCAGACAAGACGAGUCGCAUGAUCGCACUUGCAAGCGCGGGCUCCUGCGAGGCGGCGCGGGGCAUAGGGCGCCCGGGUAGAGUCAGAGCAAGAAGACUUCAGGAAGCGCGGGUUCCGGGCCCGGCCACUGGUCUCGACGGGGCACUGCGCGCGGAGCCCAAGGACCGCGUCAGAGGGGCGUCGGAAGGACCAGAGUGCGCAGGCAAGGUGGAGAACGGCAAUGCGCACAUGGGGCCGCCCCGCGCGCACAGCAGGGCAGCGUUCUUCGACGAGCUGGCGCACCUGAUAUACCAUCUCCGCGCGGCGACGCGCGUGGCCAUCACGAACAGCGGGGGCGAUGCGAUCGCCGGAGCGCCGCCUCGGACGGCACUCGGGCGCAGGCCGCGGAACUACCUGCGCGACCGCAUCGCGAACGUGCGCACUUGCAGCUACUGGAAAUGGCGGCUGUGGCACCCUGCUCCAGUGGACCAAGACUGGGGCGAGCGCUUCGUCACGAGUGCGAGCCGGGACCUCGGCGGGCACCAGGACCUCUGCGAGCGGUACGAGAUCCGCGACCGCAGGUAUUACGAGCACAAGUGCAGCCGAGCAGACAGGUGGGGUCGCGAGAUACCGUGGGACUGCAGAUUUUGGGAGGAGAUUAGCCUCAUCCCGAAGUCGCAGAAUACUGAGACGGUUGACGAGCUCUUGCAGGGUUUCUUCGAGUAUUAUUCUAGCGGGGCUUUUGACUGGAGGGAGCACGCCGUCAGCGUGCGGUUGGCCAUGACCGACAUGGAUCCGGCGUUAAAGUCGCGCUUGUACAGCCCAUCCCAGCCUGAGCAGUGGUACAUUGAAGAUCCUUUCGACCUGCGGCACAACCUAGCGUCACAGUGCUCCCGAGGGGGCAGAGCGAGGAUUAUGGACAAGAUUGGGGAGACCCUUCGCAGCAUGAGCACGGGCGCGAACCCGCGCGCUGGCUUCGAGGUGCGGGAGGCCUUUCUGGCCUUCAACAGCGAGAACGACCGCAGGUGGGUCACAUGGAGAGACGAGGUGGGCCACCACUCUGGACUCUUCGGCCCGAGCAGGAGGGUACACAAGCUGAACGAGACGUACGUUGGCGAGUGGCAGUUGCGGUUCCUGCUCUGCAGUUCGAAGGAAGGCCCCGAGCCGAGGGUGCGGGACGAGCCCCCCGAGGAUGCCCAGAAGGUGGAGACCUACGAGGAGCGGAAGGUGGAGCCCCGCGCCACGCACCGGCUGGACGAGGCCGAGAAGACGGCGGAGGACGCGGGGGAGGAGGUGCGCCGUGGCCUGCGGGUGGCGCAGAACAGGACCGACGGAGUGGGACGUCCUGAUCGAGCGCGCUCAGGCACUCGGCGUGGAUUGGGAGGAUCGAGUGCAUGGGCGAGAAGCUGCUGCUGGCCUUCCGGGGGCGCUCGGCGGAAGACGGCGGCCCGUCUCCCGGGUCGGUCUCGCCGGCGAUUGGCUUCUCCGCGGCGCCUGGGGUGGGUGCCGACGUGGAGCUGACCGGGUUGGUCGAGGACAGGAGAAGACCCCGACGGCGUUCCAGUGACCUCUCGCCGGACAUCGGCGGCGCGCAGGAGGCGCUGGGAUGACCACGUGUGCGAGCGUCCGGAAGCUUGGCCCUCCAAUUGUGUUUCAAUGCGGGCUUGCGUGGCUGGCGCGGCGGUAGGCAUUCAGGCAGGCCUUGUGACCGCAGCGGUCCACA